AUUUUAUUUUACUAACAUUAACUGGAGCUUAUUUUCAUGAUGUUCUAAAUUUCUUAUUUUGUGGGGUCGCUAAAACCGAAAUUGAGAAUUUCUAACUUUCUAUAAAAUUUGAAAAAUGGGAUCGAAGUUUAAAGUUUUCAAUUGUUUUGAAUGUAGUCUUGGAGAAUAAUCCUUUUUUUUUUUUUAAAUAAAAUUGUUACUAUCUACAUUGCUUCAUGUGGAAAUGGCCCUCUUAUAUUUCCCUGAAAAAUCAUUUGGGCACCACAUAAUCUCUCUUUCUCUCUCUUGAAAUACUUAAUAUGCAUGUUUGCCAAAUUGUGGGAGUUUGCUUCUUCAGCUGAUUUUAAUUAAGGAUAAGGGCAUGGGAUUGCAAAGGUUAGAAGGCAUUGGAGGAUUUCAAAGGCUUCAAAGAUAUGUUACCUGUUUUGCAAGGACAUGAUGCACCAGACUGGACAUAUAAAGGAGAGGGAGCUGCCAAUUUAGUCUUGGGUUAUCGUGGUUCUUCACCUCUCUUCGUAGGGAAAGUACUUCGUGUGCAAAAAACUUCCAAAGGAGAUGCGCAAUCAAAGAGCAUUAAUGACCCAAUCUUGUCUACCCACGAUCGCCUUUUAUGGGGAGACAUAGAGGAACUUGUUACAGCCACUUCUAAGGAAAUCCUAGCCCACUCAUACGUGCAGCAUGUCAUGAGACCCCUGUUAGCUUCUGAACAUGUAGAUGCAGGGAAGCGUGUCCUUGUAUCUAGGGAAUUUUUGGAGGGCGUGGCAACACAGACUCUCAGUCAACGCCCAGCAUGGCGGGUUGAUGCUGCCAAGGUUGAUACCCUUUCUGACUCUGCGCUUUUGAUAUCUGAUCAUUCGCUGUUUCAGCAUGGUGAUAUAAAACAGGCUCCAUGCAUUGCUGUAGAAAUAAAGCCAAAAUGCGGUUUUCUACCUUGUUCAAGAUUUAUUGGGAAAGAAAAUUUUAUGAAGAACAAUACUACUAGGUUCAAGAUGCACCAAGCCUUGAAAGUUCUUCAGGGAGAGAUAUCAAAUACGAGCAAGUACGAUCCCUGCGAUUUGUUUUCAGGGUCCCGAGGAAGAAUAAGACAGGCUAUAGAGGCAUUAUUUUUGACACCUCAAAACAAUUUUCGCAUCUUCCUAAAUGGCACUUUGGUUUUUGGUGGCCUUGGAGGGUAUUUUGGAGGUUCUGAAUCUGAUGCACAAGAAGCUUUAGGAAGGUUAGAUAAUGCUCUCAUGGGUCUGAUCCAUGCAGGCCCAGGCCAGCGCAUAAAUUGUUGUCAUGAACUUUUGGCUGAAAUCCUUUUCAAAUCAGGAGCUCUGGUUCGACUUCUAGAAGUUCAGAAGCUUGAUAAGCUUGAUAUAGAAGGGGUGAUCCAUGCUUACUUUAAUGUUAUUUCUCAGCCUUGUCGUGUGUGCAAGGAUUUGGGAGAAGAAUUAUCACAAAUCUAUCAAGUAUUGCAUUCUCUUUCAUUAAAAGAAAGCAUGGAUAUUAUGAAAAAUUAUUUGGUUGCUGCGACUGCAAAGGAUUGUAGCCUGAUGGUGUGCUUCUGGCCUGUUGGUGUUGGAGAAUUAGAAACACACGAUAGAUAUGCUUUGUUGCAUUCUACAAGUCAGAAGUUCUAUUACAAGUCAUCUUUCAUUGAUUUGGAUAUGAAACCUUUGGAGAAGAUGUAUUACUACUAUGAGUUAGACCAGAAAAUAGUCAGCUACUACACUUCCCAGAUUGUGAAAGAAGCCUGUUGCAAUUAGUCUUGGAAAUCUCUGGCAUCAAGAUUUUGAGAGGUUCGGUAUUCCCCUAGCAUUGCCAAUAUUUAUCUCAGUAACUUAUCAGAAAGGACAUAUCUUGUGCAGUUUCAACUCUGGUUUUUUUAGAUUAGAUUCCUUAUCAGCGGCUUUGAUUGAUGUUUGUUUUGCCCAGUUACAUAGCAGGAUUCAUGAAAAUAAACACUAGUUUCCAAAGUAAGAUUCAUGACAACUCUAGUGUGUUAGAUUCAUGAAAAUGAAUAUCAGUUGUAUAAGAUUGAUGAAAAUGAACACUAGGAUGUAUUGAGAUAUCCUAGCAGGUGCAUGUUGGGAUGCGAGUUUUUAACAUGAGAAUUGCAAGUUCCAAUACGGACACAUUGUUGAAA